UUUAAGAUCCGAGCGCCACGCGCGAGCCCCGUGCGAGAUCGGACGGUGGAGAGAGGUUCCACAAGUCGCACAAAGCGCAAGGCGUCCGCCUCCAUUUCACCUCCGAGCUCUCCUCACCGCACCAGCCAUGGCGCUCGCCGCUCGCCUUGUCUCCCGCUCCCGUCAGCUCUAUUCUGCCCAAGCUGCUUUGGCCAAUGGAGGCGUCUCUCAACUACGCUCGUAUGCCAAGGAGGCAGCUCCAGCUGACCGCCCUCCUGUCAGCGGAGAUGACCUAUUGAAAGGCAUAUUCUUCGAGGUAAAGAAGAAGUUCGAGAGAGCACUUAGUGUCCUUAAGAAGGAGAAGAUCACGAUUGAUCCAGAUGACCCAACAGCAGUUGCUGGUUAUGCCCAAGUCAUGAGGACUGUACGAGACAAGGCAGGUCUUCUUUCUGAUUCUCAGAGAAUUAAAUAUACUAUCGAGACUUUCACGAAGGACAUCCCUGAUGCAAGGACGUACUUGAAUACCCUGCAGGAGAUCAGGAAAAAGAGUGGGCUUAUAGAUGAAAUUGGUAUUGAGGCUUUAAUGAUGGAAGCUCUGGAGAAGGUUGAAAAAGACAUUAAGAAGCCACUUCUGAGGAGCGACAAGAAGAACAUGGCUCUCCUUGUUGCUGAGUUUGAUAAGAUUAACAAAAAGCUUGGCAUUCGAAAGGAGGAUCUUCCCAAGAUCGAGGAAGAACUUGAAAUGGAAAUUGCUAAAAGUGAGCUGUCAGAACUUAAGAAGGAAUGUGUUGAAGCCAUGGAGGGUCAACUAAAGAGGGAGGAGUUUAAGGACGAGGUGAUGCCUGAUGUCAGGAAGUUGGACAUUAGAAACUUCCUGUAGGUCCUGACUGAUGAUAAUCUGCACGGUGUUUGCAAAUGCCGACCGAAUCUGUGAUUUUUUUCUUUUCAAGCGACAGCCGAUGCUGCAGGCCACACCUAAUGGAUUUAUUGUUGCUUUUCUGUAAUAAAACUGUACUGAAAAUACAAUGACAGCCAACCAUUGAGUUGAGUUACUUGGUUA